AUGGUCCUGGCUGGUGCUAGAGAUGGAUCUAUCCAUAUCUGGUCUGUUGUGCAUCCACAGUCCAUCACUGCAGAAUCAGACCCCAAACCAUGUCAUACCACGGAUGUCCAAUAUAGAGAGCAAUCUGACCCAGCUUGUUUAAACACUUUUGGUAAACAUAGGGUGUUGGUGGGACAUGCCAAAAGUGUUACUUGCAUUCAUUCUGUUGGUGCGGUGUUGUUUUCCACCAGUGAGGAUGGGACUGUCAUGAUUUGGGAUACAACAGAUGGAAGUCUGGUUCGUACUAUUCGUGCUCAUUCAGGCUUUGCCACUGCAGUGUGUUCUGCUCAAGGUUUGGUCUACACUGGUGGUGCUGAUUCCCUCAUUAGUGCUUGGAGUCCUAAAACUGGACGUCGUAAAUGGGUAAUGCCUGGUCACACUGGCUGGAUCACUGCAUUGGAAGCCGCUCUCGAACAUCCAAAUCGAUUGUAUUCCUCUGCAACGGACUGUACAAUCCGUAUUUGGGACACGGAGAGUGGACGAGUGCUACGAGCAUUGAGUGGUCAUAGUUCGUGGGUCCAUUCAAUUGCUGUUACUCGCGACUUCAUCUAUUCAGGUUCUCGUGAUGGAGAGAUCAAGACUUGGAGUGCAACGACUGGUGAUUGUUUGAGUUCAUUUAUUGGUCACGAUGGUAAUGCUAUUCAUAGUAUUACUGUUGCCAAUCAUCAGAUUGUAUCGUGUGGUCAGGAUGGAUGCAUUGUUUUGUGGGAUUUGGAGUCACAGGUUCCUGUAAAGGUUGUCAAGGCUCAUUCGUCUGCUGUCACAUCUAUCAAGACUGCUGCAAAUGGUUCAAUUUUAGUGAGUGGUUCCCUAGAUUCUGCUGUCAAAGUAUGGAAUCUU